AAUGUUAGCAGACGUAGCCUACAACGUGAUGUCUUGUCAUUGUAUUUUUUUUAGACGAAAGUGAAAGUUAAGCUUGCAGCAGUCUCUCAGUGACUCGUGAUUUUUUAAUUUCUCGCAGCAGUCUCAGAACAAAAACAAACAGAUAAACAAUGAGUAAUGUUGCGAAGAACUUGAAGGAUUCUCUCAAGAAGUUUGGCUUGAAGGAGGUCUCAUCUCCUGAGGGAUGCCAUUUCUUCCUGUUUUUCUGCCCCAUUACUUCCCGCGCCGGAACUGACAUUGAAGCUGCAGAGAUUUACCUUAAUGAAGUCAAUAAAGCUCCCAAACCAGUCAUCAUGGUGGUGCUCCAUUACACGUUUGACCCUGAGAAAAUUAUACUGGACAGCAACAGUGCUAUAAAGAGAGAGGACAUAUUUGCUGUGGACUGUCUGUACAAUGACACGGGGUUACUGGCAUGUGAGAAGAAUACGGAGGCGAUUAGUAAAAUUCAAGUGGAUUCAAAAUUAAAUAGGUGGACUUCAUAUUACUGCUUAAAAAAUCAUGGAAAUCCUUGUCUGCCCAUAAACCUGGAUGCAAAUGAUAAGGGAUUUAAUUGUCCCAUAUUAUAGAUCAGUGGUUCUGCUUUGGAAUACAUUUAUUGUUGCCAUUGUUCUUCUGACUAAUUACGAUUAUUUGCCUGUUAUUCGCAACAAAAAAAUGAUAUUUCAAUUUUUUGGAGUAGUAAUAUAAGUGUAGUAAUAUACCACAUGAAGAUAAUAUAAUAUAAAUAACUAACAAUUGCUUGAUCAGCGAUAUGUGUAUGAAAAAGUGUCUAGUAUGAAGCAAAUGUAGCCACUACAAUUAAGUGUUCUGUGAAAAAAGUUUUUAAACCCAAGCACUCAAAUAUUUGCAUGCCAGUCAAACAAUGGUUUUUGCAAAACUGAUUUAAAUAGCUGCUCAACUUGCUCCUGACCAUUUUUUCCGUGUUUCCCAACCACCCCAACCUGAUUCAUUCUUUCCGUAUAGGAAAACACAAACCAAACCAGUUCACCGGAUUAGCUUUAUACUCAUACGCACACGCAAAAGGUAAUUUUAAUCAACACAUAACAGUGUGUAAAAAAAAAAAAAAAAAACGCACAAACAAUAUUUGCAAGAAAAGAGGAACUUAAAACACAGGACAGCUAACAAGAUAAUGAAACUCUAGGAAGGAAGUUUGCUAGGUG